CUGCAUUGUCUGAUGCUGGUCUACUUACGCCACGUCCAUUGGGUUCUGAAGGAUAUCCCUAUAAUCAAUCUCAAUCACAUCAUCGUCCACCUUUACCAAGCGGUCUCGCUGAAUUACAACUUGCCAACAAGUUUGGUCGUCAUUUGACCGUCAAUUCAACCUGGGAAAACUCGAUGGGCUGCGAUGAGAGCAAAGAUGAACAUUUGCUUCAGAAUGAUAUAUCUGCAAUCAUGAUGAAGCGAGCUUGUGUAGGAUAUGGUACAAAUGUAUGACAUCUUGUACUUGUUCACUUGAUCCCAUCAAUGAUUGACUUACGAAUCAUCUUUCCUAGCUCCUGAGAAAUCAACAACUUACGUCCGAUAGCCCAGAGUUGUCUGGGUUUUGGGAAUGGAUCGCACGUAAAACAUUACCGUUUUCUUGUGUUGUAGCUUUUAUCCUAACUUUGAAACUUUGUUUUAGACUCAGAAAAACUCUUUCAACAAGGAAACGGAAUGGUGAACGGCUACGACUUCAGCUUCAGAGGCGUAUUAUCAAUUAUGAGGGGAUUUACCACUGGGACUGGUCUUCGAUUGGAAAUCCCUAACUGUCAAACUUAUAAACAUGCAAUCUCAAGCACAUCGGAUACAUUUGCACACUCCGAUCCAAGCCUACGUACUUCUCAUAGCAGAAGGUCAAAUUCACGUAAUCCAGAUCAACAGAAAGAAUUGUCUAAAUAUAUGAAAUCUGUUAGACAAUUCAAUCAUACCAAUCAGAUCAAUAACUUUACAAUUUCAUCCGAGUUUAGUGAUCAACGACAAACUGCUCUGUUCCUUUGUGGACCGGAUUACAAUUCUAAAGAUAUCGAUCAAAUCGCUUCAAAGUAUGAAGCUUUGGGAAUGUAUGGUAAAGCUAGUGCGAUUUCAUUCUUUUCUGGUAACACGCAAAGAGCUAUUACCAGUCUACAGAGGAGCAACGAUACCCAAUUGCAGCUCCUUGCCCCACCACUUGCAACUCACCUCAAUACGCAAAGAUCAGGACAUCCCCGUGACCCACUCUUCGAUCAAGUCUGUCGACAAUUAGCCAAUGCUGCUGAACCUUAUAUUCGGGCUGUCUUUUCAUAUUGCUCUACUGGAGAUUGGCAUGAGGUAAUUGAUGAAACUGGUUUACCCCUCAAGGAUCGAAUUGCUGUAGCGUUACGAUUUCUUCCGGACGAGGAAAUUUUUCAUUGGUUAGAUGGUGUGGCACGUGACAUGGUGUCUUCAGGUUGCUUGGAAGGAAUCUUACUCACAGGGCUUCAACCAUCGAUGAACCUCAGUAUCAAUGGUGAAGCUCAGGUUUCUGAUGGAUUCAAACUUUUAAAAAAUCACAUCAAUCGGACUGGCGAUCUUCAAAGUGUAGCCUUAUCAAUUUAUUUAUUAGUACCUGAUAGAUUACAUUCUUAUGGGAUGGAACGGUGUAUAGAAAGUUACAGAAGAUUAUUAGAUCGAUGGAAACUUUAUACAGUUAGGAUUAAAUUUGAUAUAGCUCGAGGAAAAAAAGCAAGAGAAAUUUCAAGUUCUCAAAAAUCAUCAAACUUACCUUCUCUUGUACCUUUAGCUCCACCUCAAUUGAUUAUUUGGUGUCAACAUUGUUCUGAAGUUUUAUCUGAUGCACCCAAUGUUACGGCUCAUUUGAAUA